GAGAGAUUAGACGAGUGAGGGAGAGAGAAACCUUUGAUAACUUUUAAUUAUGUGGCUAGGACAUGUGGAAGGUCAGGGGCUGGGGUUCCACUGACCGAGCAGGACUAGGGAGGCAUGGAGUCAAGGUCGGUUUGGACACAUUAAAUUGGACAUACUUUUUAGAUACUCAUGGAGCUGUUGGGGAGGCCGUGGGUGGUAGGGCUGAAGUUCUGCACCAGACCCGGGCUGGACACAGAUGCCAGGAGGACACAGGUGGUGUUUCAAGUCUCAGGCAUCUGGGAGAACAGAGAGCAAGAAGAAGAAACAGGGCAUUUAAUGACAUGAGCUUUUCUGGAAAUAGAGCUGCUGAGGGUUUGGACUGAAACUGCUUUAAAAGUGCUUCUGUUAUUAACAAGGUCUGUUGAGUAUUGUCUCCCCACCAGGCAUCGGGAGCCCCAAAGUGAGCAGACUGUGCAGUGCUGACUGCCUGGGCUUCAGUCUCUUGAGCCAGGGCCAUAGGUACUAAAAUGCAGACCCCUGGGCCUACCCAUGACCCUCGGAUACAGAGUGCUGGAGGCAUCUGUAUUUUCCAAGUUCCCUGCUUAACUAGCUCAGUCCUCGGUGCAUCCCGCUCUCCAGCCGCGCUCCCUCACUGGCCAGGAUGGCAUUCCGUGCGGCCCUGCGCAUGGCACUGCUGCUCCUUUCCGGGGCCCUGGCCCCUGCAGUGCUCACAGCCGAGGGCCCGCAGGAGCCCGCGCCCACCCUGUGGAACGAGCCCGCCGAGCUGCCGUCGGGAGAGGGCCCCGUGGAGAGCACCAGCCCCGCCCGGGAGCCCGCGGCCACCGGCCCCCCGGCCCCCACCGCCGCGCCGAGCCCCGAGGACAGCACGGCGCGGGAGCGUCUGGACCAGGGCGGCGGCUCGCUGGGGCCCGGCGCCAUCGCGGCCAUCGUCAUCGCCGCCCUGCUGGCCACCUGCGUGGUGCUGGCGCUCGUGGUCGUCGCGCUGAGAAAGUUUUCCGCCUCCUGA